AUGGGGCGAACAGUGAAUGAAGGUUCAAUGGAUGUCAAGAAGGAGAAUCAAGGGAAAGCUCCUCACUCAGGCACAUCUUCUAUGCAAAAUGAUGAUUUCCAGUGGGAUACUUACUUGAAAGAGACUGGAUCUUUAAGUGCUCCUUCCGAGUGUUUCAGACAGUCCGAGAUUCCACCGACUAAUGACUUUAAAGUUGGUAUGAAAUUGGAAGCCCGUGACCCUCGCAAUAUGACUUCAAUAUGCAUUGCCACCAUCGUUGGAAUGGCUGGUGCCAGGCUGCGUUUACGCCUAGAUGGUAGUGAUAACACCAACGAUUUCUGGAGGCUCGUUGAUUCUGCAGACAUACAGCCUGUUGGGACAUGUGAAAAGCAAGGGGACUUACUUCAGCCUCCACUGGGGUACAAGAUGAAUGUAUCAUCUUGGCCAAUGUUCCUGUUACGUACACUGAAUGGAUCUGAAAUUGCACCUGCUACAAUCUUUAAGAAGGAACCACCAAUGCCACCUAUAAAUAAUUUUCAAGUGGGAAUGAAAUUGGAAGCUGUGGAUAAAAAGAAUCCGUAUUUGAUCUGUCCCGCAACAGUCGGAGAUGUUAGAGGAGAUGAAGUGUACAUUACCUUUGAUGGCUGGAGUGGAGCUUUUGAUUAUUGGUGCAAGUACUAUUGUCGAGAUAUUUUCCCAGUUGGGUGGUGUCGUCUGACAGGAGAUGUAUUACAACCACCAGGAGCUCAUGUUUCCGUUACAAAGAAUACAGCAAAAACACAGUCUUCCUCUUCCAAAGCAAGCCAGGAGUCAAUGCAGACAUCACAGAAAACUGCUGUAGUAUUACCAACAAAGAAAUCAGGUCGUGCUAAACCACCCAAGAAGGGAGCUUCAGCUAAAACUCCCGCAUCAAGGAAGAAAGGCCCAACUGCAGGAAGAAAGGAAAAAUGUAUUCCUGUUAUGUGUUCCACUUCUACAGCUUCUAUAAAGACGCUGAUCAGAGGCCGUGGUGCUGGAUAUAAGGAUCCCUUUUCUGGCACAUCUAAAAUAGUGAUGUCUACAGUCUGUGUUUAUAUAAACAAAUAUGGAAAUGUUGGCCCUUACCUGGAUCAGAAGAAAAUCGAGCAGCUGCCUGACCACUAUGGCCCGGGCCCCGUGAAUGUGGUACUCCGGCGGACUGUGCAGGCCUGUGUGGAUUGUGCCAUUGACAGUAAGACCGUUUUUGGAUUCCUUAAGCCAGAUGAUCGUGGAGGAGAAGUGAUAACUGCCUUCUUUGAUGGGGAAACUCAUUCUGUCCACCUCCCUCCAGUGAACAGUGCAUCAUUUGCCCUUCGCUUUCUUGAGACCUUUUGCCACACCCUGAAUUGUGAUAACCUUUUGAGUAGCCAGCCUUUUAGCGCUUUCAGAGGUAAUACUCAUAGUACUGCAGAGCAUGAUCAAAGUCAGUCAGUACAAGAAGACAUAAUAGAAAAACAGAGCACCAAACGACCUCCUGAGGAACCUCUACCCUAUGUUGCUGCUCCCUCUCCUAAGCUCUCCAAAAUACAGGUUCAGGUACAUGCCCCUGCAGAAGGACUACCAUCUUCUGAGGAAGAUGGCAUGCCCAAAGAGGAGAAGCUUCCUGAAGAUUCUGAAAACUUACCACUCAAUCCAGAAAGUUCUUUGAAUCCUGACAGCAUAAAUCCUAUAAGUGUGCCAGACACCUCAAGCUCAGCACUAGCAGGGACCAGUUCAUCUCCCCAGGGCAGUCAUCAGGAAGUUGAAUUCCAAAUGCCAAAGGAAAGCGAAGCUCCAGGUUCACUAGUUGAAAUUGACCCAGGUAUGCUGAAACAAGGCUCUGAUGAUCCUUCAUCCUGGUCCAUAGAAGACGUGAUCCUGUUUCUGAAACACAUGGAUCCUCAGAUAUCAGACUCCCUCGCCGACCUCUUCAGGCAACAUGACAUUGAUGGGAAGGCUCUGCUGCUACUCAAUAGUGACAUGAUGAUAAAGUACAUGGGGCUAAAGCUGGGCACAGCUGUGAAGUUGUGCCACUACAUCGAAAAGCUUAAAGAGGCAACUAUCAUGACCCCUGAAAAAUCAUUUAUGUAGAUUUAGGUUUGGCUUAAUUCUGGGGAGACCAACACCCUCUUGGUGUAAAAUUAUUUUUUUGCCCUUAGAAAUUUUUGUUGUGUAGAAGGUGCCUCUAACAAUAUGUUAAAACCAGAAUUGCAGAACUAUAGUCCAGUCCAGUCUACUUCUUUAGAAACAACUGAACAUAUUAGUACUAACAUAUUCAAAUGAGCAGUUUGUUCUUUAUAUCUUUUUUUUUUAUUUAUCGUACAGUUUACAAAUAUAUUUCAUGUAGGAAAUAGAAAAGCACCUUUGAUAUUGGUUAACAUUUAUAUAUAGAACCAAAACAGCUAAAUCCCAAAGGGGAGAUUAUCAGGGAUUAGCAAGUUCUCUGAUGAGUAAACCACGAGAAGCUUUCCUUAGAUGAGAAUUUGAAGAUGCAACUGCAGAUGCCAUCUCUUUCUCAGAUAGUUUGUUUGUUACUGUAGUCUUCUGUUUGUCUUCUACCAGUUUCCAGAAAGGGAAUAGCCGUAUAAAUUAUUUAGCUUUUGUUAUUUAUUUCUAUGUUGUAUUUGUUCCUAUUUAAAGAAAAAAAGCAAACUUAUAAAAUUUCAUAAAGUAUUCAUACCAGUUUUUUGAUAAGUUAUAAGAUAGAUAGAAUAGUCAUUUUAUGCAGUAGAUAUAUUACAAGGGUGGUUUGGGUAGAGUCUGAUUAUAAUAUUUUCCAUUAAAUAUCUAUUAUUUAAAAAGUUUUUAAGUAUUUUGUGUAAGCUCGGAUAUUUAACUAGAUAUUUAUAGCUCACAUCUCUCUACGAAGAUGCCUAUGUUUGAAUAUUUAUUUUAUUUUCAUAGAAACAUACUAAUUUUAUUUUAUUUUAUUUUUAAAAGAUGUAUUAUUUUUAAAAGAUGUGUAUUCUUUUAAAAGAUGUAUUCCUCACAUGGAUACUGUUUCAUAUUUAUGUUUUAUUUAUUAGAAGUAUACACUCAAGUAAAUCUUUUCUUUUUUAAUUUAAAAUGGCACUUUACACUUCUACAGAGAUAAAGAUUAAGUCUAUAUAUAGUGAGAUGUUUUAUUCUGUUAAAAAUAUGCACUUCAUUUGCUAUCACUAGUACCUCUCAGCUCAGUCUUCAGGGUUUCCAAACAGGGAUGUUCUCUGUCUUGUGCAGCGUUAAUUUGCUUUCUGAGCCAUUUAUCCUUCUAAUCUUUGGAAGGUACAUUAGUUCUAAUUUGUCAUUUGGGAUUUAUUUUAAAAUUAGAACUUUCAAGCAAAACCCAUUCAUUAUGAUUAUUGUUAUUUAUUACAUUGUUAUAUUGCAUAACAUUUGUUGUAAUCUUUAUAAGCUAUGAGAAUUGGUGCUAAAUGUAUUAGCCAUUCGUUAUAAAUGCCAAUAAAAUGUUCACCAGGGGCCAUAAUGUACCUUUUAAUUUUAGAAAACCAAGUGUCCUUUAUAUUUAUAAACAAAAGCAACUGUUUACUGGGCACAUGUGAUCUAUAGAGUGGUUUUAUCCAUGUUAUUUCUUUUGUGUUAUAAGGCAAGAAUCUAAUGUAUACUUUUAGUCUUCUCUCAAAUUGUUUGUGUGAAGAUGCUGUGCCCCAUUGAACAGUCCUCAGGUGUUUGCAUAAAUACUAAGUUUUACAGUUGUCAAAUUUUAAAAUAUAAUAAAGUUAAAUACCUACAACAA